CGGGCGCGGCCCCGUCUCCCUGCGGCUCUCGGUGGUGCGGCGGCCCGGCCAGCACGGCCCCCCCGCAGCCCCGGGCAUGGGAGCCCGCGGGUCGGCGGCCGGGGCUGGAGGAGGCAGAGGAGGCGGCGGCGGGGGCCGCUGACCGGCGGCGGGGCGGCGCGGCAGCCCCGAGGCCGCGGAUUGGGACCGUGGCUGGAGCCGCCCCCCUGCCCCGCUGAGCGCACAUGUCUGCCUGCCCAUGCCCAGAAGAUGACCAGGCUGCUCUUGGGGGUGACCCUGGAAAGGAUUUGCAAGGCUGUGCUGCUGCUCUGCCUGCUCCACUUUGUCAUCAUCAUGAUCCUCUACUUCGACGUCUAUGCGCAGCACCUGGACUUCUUCAGCCGCUUCAAUGCCAGGAACGCCUCGCGUGCCCACCCCUUCUCCAACUCCUCCCGCCCCAAUGGCACCGUCCCCAGCUACGGGCCGGCCGGCGCUGAGGCCCUGUCCCCCAGCACCAAGCCCAGCACCAACCACUCUGCCACCGAAAAGCCCUUGCAGCCCUGCCAGGAUACGCCUCCCGGCUUAGUUGGGCGCCUGCUCAUUGAGUUCAGCUCUCCCAUGAGCAUGGAGCGGGUGCAGCGGGAGAACCCUGACGUGCGCUUGGGUGGGAAGUACACCCCCCCGGACUGCUUGUCCCGGCAGAAGGUGGCCAUCCUCAUCCCCUUCCGGCACCGCGAACACCACCUGAAGUACUGGCUGCACUACCUGCACCCCAUCCUGCGCCGGCAGAAGGUGGCUUACGGCAUCUACAUCAUCAACCAGUUCGGUGAGGACACCUUCAACCGGGCCAAGCUGCUCAACGUGGGGUUCCUGGAGGCCCUCAAGGAUGAUGAGGAGUAUGACUGCUUCAUCUUCAGCGACGUGGACCUCAUCCCCAUGGACGACCGCAACCUCUAUCGCUGCUACGAGCAGCCACGGCACUUUGCUGUUGGCAUGGACAAGUUUGGGUUCAGGCUACCUUACUCUGGCUAUUUUGGCGGUGUCUCUGGUCUGAGCAAGUCCCAGUUCCUGAAGAUCAAUGGCUUUCCCAAUGAGUACUGGGGCUGGGGAGGAGAGGAUGAUGACAUCUUUAACCGAAUCUCCCUGAAUGGCAUGAAGGUGUCGAGGCCCGACAUCCGCAUUGGGAGGUACCGCAUGAUCAAGCAUGAACGUGACAAACACAAUGAGCCCAACCCGCAGAGAUUCACCAAGAUCCAGAACACCAAAAUGACGAUGAAGCGGGAUGGGAUCAGCUCGCUACAGUACCGGCUGGUGGAGGUGUCACGCCAACCCAUGUACACGAACAUCACAGUGGAGAUUGGCAGGCCACCACCACGCCUGGCCCGGGGCUAGUGCUGGCCCUGUGGCUCUGUGCCCAGGCUGACUGGGCAUGGCAGGUUUUGCCCCAACUCGAAAGCCAGGACUGGACAGGGGGAUGUUUUCUGCCUACUCUGCUGCCUUCCAGAGACAGCCACCUCUCAGCCCACUCUUUGGUCCCCAGGAUUUCUCUGUUCUCCCCUGUCCCCACGAGUGUGUUUGCAGGACCCCUGCCCCAUACUUGGUGUGUUGGCGGACAAGCCCGGCUGCCUCACGUGUGGGUUCCGGCACAGAUGGAGCCCUGCCCCAGCCCUGGCCUGGAGCCCUCUGCCCACGCCAGCUCCUGCCCCCAUCCCGAGUGGGUAGAGUGAGAUCCCACUGCUCUGGGAGAGCUGGGGGGGUCCUCACCAGUGCUGUGAGAAGUGGGGUGCAGGCUUCCCCCUUUGCCAGCACUGGAGCCACUGCUGCCCUGCUGGGGGCGGAAGCAGCCUGGCCCCCCCCCCAAGCAGGAAGGACAGUGCCACCCCAGCUGGGCACUGCUGGGCACGCAGAUGUGGCUCGCUGUCUUCCUCUGCUUUAGUCUGGUGCUUAGAGCCGGGCCCAUCUCAGCUCUGCCAAACAGAGACCUCCAGUUAGCAAAUGCCCCCUCACUGUGCCUCAGUUUCCCCAGGGCUGGGGGGUGGUGGCCGUAUCCCAUCCCCACCUCCCCAAAGGCAGAUUCUGUGUGUGUGUGUGCAGUCUCUGCCCACGCCUGCCCUCACCUGCUUUCCCCUCUUUGGCAGGGACAGGGCUCAUUUGAACACCCCCAGCCCCUCUUAGUGGGGGCUGUCCCGUGGGUUCCUCCAACAGUGGGUGCCCAACAGACAGUGUGGGAGCUACUGGGGUCUCCCCCUUCUCUGGCUCCCCCUCCUCCAGGCCUGGGGCAGGAGGGCUGCAGGCAGGAGAGGCCAGGGCCAUGCAGGGCAGGUGCCCUGUGCCCCUCCAUGGGACUGAGAGCCCCAGCAACCCCCCACACCCUGCCAGGGGCUGGGAGCAGUGGGGUUAGGAGCAGGGCAGCACGCUGGGACUUGGAGGGGGCACUGGAGACUUUUGUACAUUUGAAUGUCUGACCCUUUUUUUUGAGCGUACGUUGAAUGCAGCGUUCGGUCAUAGAGACCGGGGUUUUUGUAUUUAAUAAAAGUUUCAAAAGUU